AUGACUGAUAUAAAUGCAUUAGCAACACAGUUUACUGACUUUUAUUAUAAAAAUUUUGAUACAGAUAGAUCUCAACUGGCGUCAUUAUAUCGUUCUCAUUCAAUGCUUACUUUUGAGAGUUCUCAAAUUCAAGGAGCUGACAAAAUUAUACAAAAAUUAAUGGAACUCCCUUUUACUAAAGUACAACAUAGAAUUUCAACUCUUGAUGUUCAGCCUUCUAUGUUAUCUGGAGGAAGUGUUAUUGUUAUGGUUACAGGUGAACUUUUAGUUGAUGAAGAACAAAAUCCCCAACGAUAUUCACAAACUUUUCAUCUUAUUCCAGAAGGGAAUACUUUUUAUGUACUAAAUGAUAUUUUUAGGUUAAAUUAUUCAUAG